CCCCCCCCCCGAGCUUUAUAUAAAUGCCGCCGGGUUGGCGCCUUAACUGCUCCGUACCCCCGAGCGCAGCGCACCGCCGAGCCUCUCUCCUCCCUCCCGCCCGUCCAUCACAGAGCGAGACACAGACCCAAGAAGCAAAGCAAGCUGCUGCUCCGCGCCCGGUCGCUCGCCGGCCAACCUGCCCAUGCUGCAGGCGGUGCGCUACCUGCUGGGCUCCCCCGGCGCCACGGGCUUCGGGUCCAAGUCCACGGCCGAGGACGUGACGGCCGCGUGCCCGGACCUCGCCGCGCUCACCGCCAUCAUCACCGGCGCCACGUCGGGCAUCGGGGCCGAGACGGCGCGGGUCCUCGCCAAGCGUGGCGCGCGGGUCGUCAUCCCGGCCCGCAGCGUCAAGGCCGCUGAGGACAUGCGCGCGCGCAUCCGCGACGAGUGCCCCGGCGCCGACGUCCUGGUGCUGCCGCUGGACCUCAGCUCGCUCGCCUCCGUCCGAGCCUUCGCCGACCGAUUCCUCGAGCUCGGCCUGCCGCUCCACCUCCUCAUAAACAAUGCCGGCAAGUUCUCGCACGGGCAGCUUGCGCUCUCGGAGGACGGCGUCGAGAUGACCUUCGCCACCAACUACCUCGGCCACUUCCUGCUGACGAAGCUGCUGCUGGGGCGGAUGGCGGAGACGGCGGCGGCGACCGGCGUGCAGGGCCGCAUCGUCAACGUGUCGUCCAGCGUGCACGGCUGGUUCGCCGGCGACUGGGCCGAGUACCUCGACCUCGUCACCCGACGCAAGAUAGCCUACGACGCGACGCAGGCGUACGCGGUGUCCAAGCUCGCCAACGUGCUGCACACCAGGGAGCUCGCCGCGCGCCUGCAGGAAACGGGGGCCAAUGUGACGGUGAACUGCGUCCACCCGGGCAUCGUCAGGACCCGCCUCAACCGCGACCGCGACGGCAUCCUCACAGGUACACACUGUCAUGUCAUCAACUACUCACUCAUCAUGCAUCUACUGCCUCUGCAUGGAAUAACUUUCCUUAUUUUUUUUUCUGGGGGCGUCUGCAUGCAGAUCUGGUGUUCUUGCUGCUGUCCAAGCUGCUCAAGACGAUCCCUCAGGCUGCGGCGACCACGUGCUACGUGGCGGCCCACCCGAGGGUGGCCGGCGUGUCCGGCCGCUACUUCGCCGACUGCAACGAGGCGCUGCCGUCGCCGGCCGCCACCAACUGCCACGAGGCCGCGCGGCUCUGGCGCAUCUCCGAGGCCCUGACAUUCCCGGCGGCGGCGCACACAGCAGCAUCGGCUUCGCCGCCCCGUCCAACGCCAACCUGAUGGCGCGCGGCAUUAGCCGCAGUCCAUGCCAAACUUACUUGUGUAGUACAGUAGUACUUAUACAUAUAUACUAGCAUUGCAUUAUUAGCCAUUACCCAUUAGUGCAUGCAUUACUAUAAUGAAUACAAGCACUAGUAUACUCCAACAGCUAUACUGUACUCUGUCAUUAGCACUAGUUCCUUCCCUGCCUUUGUGAAGAAGAGAGACUUUCAAAGAGGCUGUCUGUACUGUAC